AUGGCGAAAAGCAUGUUUAAGAUGAUGAUGAUGCUGGUAUUGAUAAUGAUAGGAUGUGGCUUCCAAGCAUGCAAUGGAAUGAAUGUGGAUGGAAGCAAGCUAACACCGGCAGAUUCAAGCUUUGUCUGCUUCAGAAAUUGUUCCAUAAGUUGUGGCAUCCACAACGAACCAUGUUACGAAGAUUGUUUAACGAAAUGCAAUCUCCCACAAUGGGAUUUUAGAUCAACACCAUCAUCGCCUCCCCCUACCAUAUAA